GCCGCGCUCCUGGCAGGAAUUCGAUCUGGUCAGUUCCUGCGCGGAAUCGUUCGAGUCUCGCGUUUCCGUGCUGCUACCGAGGCUGUUGUAGCCUUAACUGAUGCAAGCGCCUUAAAACACCAGGCUGAAGUGAAGGACACUGAAUUCGCAACUCGAAGUGAAAUUGCCAUCAACGGAAUGCAAUAUCGCAACAGAGCCGUUGACGGGGAUACUGUGGUCGUCCGCCUAUUGCCACGACAGCAGUGGAGUAGCUUUUCAACCAACCUCGCAGAGGCCGAAGCUGGUGCAGUCGAAACCCUCGCAACCAGCAUGGGCACCCAAAUGACUACGGUCGGGGCGCUGGAAGCCGGACCUCCCAGUAAAGCGUCAAUGCCGUGUGGUUUUGUUGUUGGCAUUAUGUCCCGAAAUUGGCGAGAUUACGUGUGCACUUUCGUCCAAGAUGAAUCAAGACCGGCCCCCGACAGUGCUGGCUGGGUGGUUGUAACACCAUGGGAUCGUAAAAUUCCCAGGAUCCGGAUGUUCACAACGCGGCCAGCCCAACUUGCAAAAGAAAGAUUUAUUGUACGCAUUGAUCGUUGGGACACCAAUUCCAAUUAUCCGCAUGGGCACUUCGUGCAGUCCCUUGGUCCGAUUGGUGAUUUGGAGACUGAAACCCAGACUAUCCUCCUUCAAGAGCUGAAAUCGUACGCUUCGGAUCGAAAGUGGAAAGUCGAUCCUCAGGAAGUCGCCAAUCGGCGGGACCUCCGACCCCCAUCCGUUUCCGGCAGUAAAAAGUCCGAGGGCACUCUCAUCUUCAGUAUUGAUCCUCCCGGCUGUCAGGAUGUCGAUGAUGCUCUAUCUGUUCGCUGGCUGCCCGCCGACUCGGAGGGUCGUCGGCGUAUCCAGUUGGGCGUGCACAUUGCCGAUGUGACAUACUUUGUCAAAUCAGGCGGCAAUCUGGACGCCGAGGCAAGGCGCCGUUCGACGAGCGUAUACUUGGCCGACCGACGCUACGACAUGUUGCCGGGUCUCUUGAGUGGUGACAUCUGCUCACUCUGGAGUGGUGUCGACAGGUAUGCAAUGAGCGCCAUCUGGGAGUUGGAUCCGGACAGCCUCGAAGUCCUUGACGGGCUCUUCCACCGAAACUGUCCCUAG